AUGAUUAUCACACAAACAGUUGGAGAAGAUAUACGAUCAAUGAAAAUGUCUUUAAUAUCUGAUUCAAAAUUUCAAUGUGCGAAUACAACUUGUUUACCAUUCCUUAAUGUUAUUACAUCAAACAUUAAGUAUUGUCAAAUAGCCUGUUUAGGUCAAAGUCAAUGCACAGCAGCCACUUUUCAUCGAUCAACUUCUGAUUGUGAAUUAUUUGCUGGUAUGUGGAACCAAAAUGGAAAUAUAUUGCCUGAUGUCGACACUACGAGUAUGAAUGUUAUUAGUGGAACACGAUUUCCAUCGGGUCAGUAAAAAACUAUAUCUGUGAGAGAGAGAAAGUUAUUUUCUUCUUGAAAAAUAAUAUCAAGCUAUGAAGAGUUAAGUCAAUUUGACAGAGAUAUUGGGCACAUCUGUGCGUAAAUCACCAAUCGGUUCGGCUCAAAAUAAUAGAAAAAAAGCAUUCAGCCAAAACCUUCGCGUAAGCAAUUCUUCUUGAACUAAACGAUCUGUUUCGAGAUUUAUUGUUCGAAUUCGACUUUGAAAAUAUCUUAGUAAAACGAAAUCUCUUUGACACUAGAAACUAAACAAUCAAUACCAUCAAAUAUUAAAAAAAUAAUGAAGAAAAAAUGAAAUAAUUAUCCCAUCAAACGUCUAUGGAUAUUAUGCUUUUCAUAUUCAUAAAUCUGUACAAAAUAUUGAUAUUUACUAAACAAAUUUUCAUCG